GGAGGCGGCGGAGAAGGAGGAGAAGGAGGAGAAGGAGGAGGCGGCGGGAGGAUGACCUCCCCCCGGGAGCCGGGCGGGGAGCUGGCCCGUUUCUACACCGUCACCGAGCCGCAGCGCCACCCGAGGGGCCACACCGUCUAUAAAGUCACCGCCCGGAUUGUUUCAAGAAGAAAUCCAGAGGAUGUGCAGGAGAUAGUUGUGUGGAAACGGUACAGUGACUUUAAGAAACUGCAUAAAGACCUUUGGCAAAUUCACAGAAAUCUGUUUAGACAUAGUGAAUUAUUUCCACCUUUUGCCAAAGGAAUCGUAUUUGGUCGGUUUGAUGAAACAGUGAUUGAAGAAAGAAGACAGUGCGCUGAAGAUCUUCUGCAAUUCUCUGCCAACAUCCCCGCUCUUUAUAACAGUAAACAGCUUGAAGACUUUUUCAAGGGUGGAGAGGUUCAUGAUGGCUCUGAAUUGAUUGGUCCUGCUGAACCUUUUACAGAUUCCUUGAUUGACAGCUUCUCUGAUUGCAGUUCUGAAGCUCGAAAAGAUUUGAGUGGGCUUGAUGAUUUGACACUUACCAGCCAGUCGGAAUGUGGAGGUCUCUCCAGUGACAGUGAUCUUAUCUCUUUGACCGUCGAUGCGGACUCUUUGGCUGAGAUAGAUGAUGGAAUGGCAUCCAAUCAAAAUUCUCCCAGCAGAACUUCUGGGCUCAAUUUUUCUCCAGAACGUGUAGCACAAGGAGCCGUUUCUUCUGACUAUGAACGGGGCAGGACAGAAGGAGAGCGGGAAAGCCGGAGUCUGUUUCCCGGCAAUUUAAGGCCCAAGUUUGGCAAACAAGAUUAUUUAGAGAAAGCAGGAGAACUAAUAAAGCUGGCCUUGAAGAAAGAGGAGGAAGAUGACUAUGAAGCUGCCUUUAGUUUUUACAGGAAGGGAGUUGAUCUACUCCUGGAAGGUGUCCAAGGUGAGUCAAGUCCAACACGUCGAGAAGCAGUGAAGAAAAGAACAGCGGAAUACCUUAUGCGAGCCGAGAGACUCUCCAGUCUCUGUCGAAAACCUCAACCGGAUGAUGGAACCAUACCUAGGCCUCCAGGAUCACUAAGUUCAAGGCCCUCUUGGAACCUAAGGAGCCCUGCCGAGGAACUGAAGGCCUUCAGAGUCCUUGGGGUGAUUGACAAGGUUUUGCUAAUAAUGGACAAGAGGACACAGCAGACAUUCAUACUGAAAGGUCUAAGGAAAAGUAGUGAGUACAGCAGGAACAGAAAGACCAUCAUCCCCCGCUGUGUGCCCAACAUGGUGUGUCUGCACGAGUACAUCAUCACCGAGGAGUCUGUAUUUCUUGUCCUGCAACAUGCAGAAGGUGGCAAAUUAUGGUCUUACAUCGGUAAAUUCUUAAACAGAAGUCCUGAAGAAAGUUUUGACCACCCCCAUGUAAAAAGAUCCAGUCCUACUAAAAUGCACCUGCAAGAGCCAGCUCCUAACCCCGACAGCAGCAGCUUUGAUUCCAGAGGAAGCGAUUGCGGGAGCAUGCUCAAAGUUUUACCUUUGAAGACCAGUCUUACCCCAAGCUCCCAAGAUGACAGCAGUAACCAGGAAGAAGAUGGCCAAGAUAUCUCUUCGAAAUGGCCUGACUCUGACUCGAGUUCGGAAGAAGAAUGCACUACCAGUUACUUAACAUUAUGCAAUGAAUACGGGCAGGAUAAAAUUGAUCCUGGCACCCUGAACGAGGAGUCUUUAUUGAAGAUGGAGGGAAACCGUGUUAGUGCUAAAUAUGAAAGAGACUUACCAGGUCACGUUGCUGUUGACUGUGAGAGUUUCAGUUCUCAGCUAACAAGUCAGGAACUGAAAUUCCUUACUGAUGAUGCCAACUCUGAAGUAGUUAGUCCUACCAGGAUUUCGGAUUCUUUAAGCAAAUCCAAGAAUAGUCCUAUGGAGCUCUUCAGGAUAGACAGCAAGGACAGUACCAGUGAGGUCCUGGGGAUAGAUUUUGGAGAAAAAUUGUAUAACUUAAAGGCAGAACCCUUGAAACCAUUCCUUCCCUUUCUUGAUCCAGAUGGUAGUCCCAGGAGUCUUGCGGCUAGAGAAAGUAAAAUGGUUUCCAACGCUCAAGACACCAUAAGUAGAGGGUCGAACGACUCAGUCCCCGUGAUUUCGUUUAAAGAUGCUGCUUUCGACGACAUGAAUAGCACCGACGAAGGGAGGCCCGAUCUCCUGGUUAAUCUGCCUGGGAUGUUGGAGCAAGCAAAAGACGUUGCAACAGUGGGGCUAGCCAUGUUUACACAGACCAAUAUAGGCAUCUUAGAGAGUAAUCUCUUAGAGGCCCCUGAUGUUUUACGGUUGAAUCUUAGUGCUGACCAGAGCCUUGCCCACGAAGAGAAGGGCCUGCAGGAAUUGUUAGAUCCAUUUAGCCAGACAUCCCUCAGGAAGGCAGGGAAGAACUAUGAAGAGGAUGGUAUGGGAACGUUGUUUACAGGUGCUGUUGACCAGCCCGUCUCGUCAGGUGCGUCGUUGUUGGAUGGUUCAAUCCCUGAGACUCGAGGACUUGGGCUAGUAGCUCCUUUAGUAGAGGGAACUAACUCAGAAGAAAGCUUAUUAUUUAUUUCUAACUCACUCCCAGGGGCUAAUAAACCCAGUGCAAAUGCAGAAGAGAGUUCAAAAACGGAAGAAGUAAUGCUGUUUGUGGAUCAGGCCGAAGACUCUGGGAAAGAGGAGCCAUCUCCGCCUGUUUCCCGGCUGGAUGGAAUCGAGACUGCAGCCAAGAGGGAAAGUGAAUCAGCAGUAGAAGGAGACAAGGAAAUUCAUCAGAUUUUUGAGGACCUCGAUAAAAGAUUAGCACUAACCUCCAGGUUAUAUAUCCCAGAGGACUGCAUUCAGAGAUGGGCAGCUGAAAUGGUUAUAGCCCUCGAUGCUUUACACAGAGAAGGAAUUGUGUGCCGCGAUUUGAACCCAAACAACAUCUUAUUGAAUGAUAGAGGACACAUUCAGCUAACGUAUUUUAGCAGGUGGAGUGAGGUUGAAGAUUCCUGUGACAGCGAUGCCAUGGAGAGAAUGUACUGUGCCCCAGAGGUUGGAGCAAUCACAGAGGAAACGGAAGCCUGUGAUUGGUGGAGUUUGGGUGCUGUCCUCUUUGAACUUCUAACUGGCAAGACUCUGAUUGAGUGCCAUCCAGCGGGAAUAAACACUCACACAUCUUUGAAUAUGCCGGAAUGUAUCUCUGAAGAGGCCCGAUCACUUACUCAACAGCUUUUGCAGUUCAACCCUAUAGAACGCCUUGGAGCUGGAGUGGCCGGUGUGGAAGACAUCAAAUCUCAUCCAUUUUUCACCCCUGUGAAUUGGGCAGAAUUAAUGAGAUGAAAGCAACCUGAGGUCAUCUGAACAGUUUCAGGUCUCCCUGUGACAGGCUUUCUCAGCACAGAUGCAGAACUGGCUCGCAGUAAUUUAUGGACUACCAAAUCACUUGGACAAAGACAUUUAAAGGAAACAAGGGGAGAAUGAGGCCAAAAGAGAACAAUUUCACUUGAAUUACAGACUGGAAAGGGCAUUCUUUGAUUUAUCCAGGAAGAAACUACUUGAUGUAACCUUUAACCAAGGUGUGGCCUAGAUCAAAUCUAUCGGCACUGUCCUGCUCAUUCCAGUUGCGUUGUGAACCAGGCCGCCACAGGAAUACACUGCUAAGAUUUCUUCUAAUACCAUUGCUGCCGUUGGUGCCAGGUGCAAAUCAGGCCUUUUCAGUGUCAGACAGCUAGGCCGGAUGGACAUGAUCAAAUACUUUAUUAAUGUUCUUUCUGUAAAUUAGGUACUAAAAGUACUUAAUGCAUAAUGUCACAUGUGAGGUAAAAAGAAAUAUAUCUAUUAGGAAAUUUGUCUUGA